AUGAACUUACGCCGUGCCUACACGGCGCCUCCGUUCCUCUUCGCCGCUGCCUACAUCGUUGCGCAGGUGCGGCCAGGAUUUCUUAGUCCAGGGAGCCCGCGACUCGCCCACGGGAGCCUCCGGCAGGCAUCUUCGUCUGCUGGAUUGCCGGAGAACGUGGUGGAUGUGGCUCCCAUCUUCCAUAGGAUCGCUGCAGCAUGGCCGGAGGGCACCCUUGUGCAGGUGGGGGCCUGCGAUGGUGACUUUGGGGAGGAGCCGAGCUCGAACGAUCCUGUUCAACGCCUGCUUUUGCAGGAACCUUCCAUGCGGGCCUUGCUGGUGGAGGCAAAUCCUGCGGUGUUCGACACGCUGCGCGGCAAGGUGGAGAAUCGCUUUACUGGUGGUCGCGUGACCGCAGCGAACGUAGCCGUGACCGCCGGCACUUGCACCGCAGCGUCCUUCUUCGUCGUCUCGCCAAAGUUUGCAGAGGACUAUCCGAGGAAAGCCUUCCAUUGGGCUUGCUUUCAACUCGGUUCCAUGGACUGCCAGCACGUGGCAAAGCACCAUGUGCAUGUCGGUUUGAGCCAGGAGGAGUUUGCCAAAUACAUCGAGGAGAUCUCUGUUCCCAGCCGCACGCCGAGCGAGCUGCUCAGCGAAGUGUCGCUGCGGCCCGAAGAUGUCAGCAUUCUGGCAGUCGAUGCUGAGGGCUUCGACGAUGCCAUCGUACGUGCGUUCUUGGAGCUCCCAGGUUUCCAGCCGAGGCUGAUCACGUUCGAGGUUGCCCACAUGCAUGCGGCUGGGAAGGAGCAGAUGUGUCUCCUUCUGGCCGCGCGAGGCUAUAGCACUGCCUGGGCCAGCACUGACAUGAGUAUGAACGGGCGUGGUGACCUCGUCGCCUGGCAGUGA